AGUAAUCCCAUGCAAGGCUAGGUGAAUGGAGAAAGGCAAGGGUUUGAGCAGCUUUACUAAGCAAAGCUGACUAAAUGGAUUGAGCAUCGUAUCAGUUGAGGUUUUGGUUGGACCUGUGGAUCCCUGAUGGCAACUGGCUGCCCUGAGGUACAGUGUACUGCAGUCAUCUGUACUAUGUGGACCUCCUGAGGUGUGUUCAUUACAGAUAAUGACAGAAUUGUGGGCAGACCUUGAAACGUCCUCUAGUGAAAUAUAACGUCAUGUGCUGGCCUGCACACUGAUAAAGAGACAAAUCUACUGAAACUAGGGAUCAGAGGAAGAAUCAACCAGUCAGCACCAAAUCGUAAGACGAUCCAGUUGGUCUAUGAACACAGCUGAAGAAAUUUGUGGCAUUUGAUUUCAUUCUGUUGAAGUAAGGAUUUAAGUAAGGAUUUACUUUGUCACUGACGUCUCAACUUAAAGAGUAUUGCAGGACAUUCAGUUCCGGUUGGGUUUUUAUUAGCUUAGACAUACUUCCUCAGAGAUUUUUCGGUGCAGAAGGGCCUGGCACCCGUUGGAUUAAAUCAUGUGUCAUGUGAUUGUUACCUGUCGCUCAAUGCUGUGGACCCUGCUAAGUAUUGUGGUGGCCUUUGCUGAACUGAUUGCCUUCAUGAGUGCAGACUGGCUGGUGGGCAGGCCAAGGGCGAAUGGUACCCCUGCUCCAGCAAACCGCUCCAGCACUUUGAAUGAUCCUUACCACCCAACCCUGGGCAUAUACAACCGCUGCGUCAAGCUGCCGCACUUGGUCAACUUAAAGCGAGGGAGUCUGUGCGGCCCGUAUGCCGAAAGCUUUAAUGAAAUUGCCAGUGGAUUCUGGCAAGCAACGGCUAUUUUCCUGGCGAUGGGGAUUCUCAUUCUGUGCGCCGUGGCUUUUGUGUCCGUCUUUACCAUGUGUGUGCAGAGUUUCCUGAAGAAAAGCAUUUUUAACAUUUGUGGAUUACUACAGGGAAUUGCAGGCCUCUUCCUAAUUCUUGGCCUGAUCCUGCAUCCUGCUGGAUGGGGUUCUCAGAAGGUGGUGGACUAUUGUGGACCAGAUGUUUCACCUUAUCAGUUAGGUGCCUGUUCUCUGGGUUGGGCCUUUUACACAGCAGUUGGCGGUACAGUCCUCACAUUCCUCUGUGCAGUGUUAUCUGCACAAGCAGAAAUUGCGACAUCUAGUGAUAAAGUACAGGAAGAAAUUGAAGAAGGGAAGAAUCUCAUCUGCUUGCUGUGAGAAAACACCCUGCACUUCAGCUUUUGGGGUAGUCUUUCUCUAUUUGUUUUUGAAAUGGGGCACCAGAAAUUUUGGCCACUUAACUCUCUUCCCAUUGAAUUUAAAAUUCAUGUAUGUGCAUAUAUGUGGCAGAUUUGGACCUUACUUCCAUUCCAAGACUGAUAAUACAGAAAAUGUCUCACACCAAGCCAGAGCUUUCAUGGAGAAAAUUAUGAACUUCCUCUUUUCUGCUAUAGACUCUGGGAUUUCCUUUCUUAAAAAAAACUUGUCUGCAUCAUAGUAUUGGAUGUGUAAAGAGUUAAGUCAAAGCCACUUCACAUUAUAGAGGUGACUGAAUUUCUUUUAUGUGCAUUCAAACACUGAUGGAUAAUUAAGAAAAAUAUUCUAAAUUGUCAAAGGAAAACAAUUUCAAGUCUAAAAUUUCAUUCACUGUGGAAUGCAGCCUGCGUCAUCUAAUAUUACAACCAAGAGCCUUUCUGAAAUAUGUGCAGCAUGGAUCUUGUUUCCAAUUUCACCAACAUAUUCACUAAACAAGCUCCAAGCCAAAAAAAAAGUUCAUACUUUAAUUGAAUGGGUGGUCUUGCACCUUAGUAAGAAAGUCACCCAAAUUAUUAAGGUACAAUACAUGAAAUUGUUCCACAUUACCCUUAUGGUGGACUGAUAGAAAAGUUUUACCUAUGGCAUAAUCAUGAGCCCAGGAGCAUGAAUAAGACAAAAGGUUCAAAAUGAAGAGGAGAUUCAAGUAUGACCUAGAUAUCAAUCUCUUCAGUUGAAAGGAUUUUUUUGUAAACUUUUUAAAAUUAUUAGACAAUGAAACGAUGGCGUACGAAUAAUAUCGAGUAGAUAAAACUUGUCUUAAUGCACCUCACUUUUAUGUAAUACUUUUUGAGAUGGUCGUAAUUGAUACAAACAUGUAGCUCAAUGAAAGUCCAAGGUAAGCAUGAAGCUAACAUUCCAAGAACUGUGAAUCUGUCCCAUUUGAAGAAAGCUUCAUUGUUUUGUAAGCAACUUGAAGUUCGGUAGUUGGUAUUCAUGAUCCGUACCAAUCACUCAGUGUUAAACUUUUUAAUUGCUUCAGUUUUGAUGCUAUUUGUGAUCUGCUCAUUUAAGGCAGUUGCCAAAGAAAAUGCUUAAUACCAGUGUGAAUGACUGAGAACCAUCACACCUUUUAAUAUUAUUGCAUAAUGCUUUGAGUAAUGUUUACCAUUACAUGGGCAAUUUUCAAUGCAAACUACCACUGGGGGUAUUCGGUGCCAUUUCCUAUCAAACUUGCUUUUCUGGAUUGACUUAGUAAGGAUCCACUGCCAAUUAGAUAUGAUACUGUAAGGUGCAAAAGUUUCAGGAAUUGAUUUUGAUUUUUAAAAAUUCUCCCCUAUAUUAUUUCAUGUAAGGCACAUCAUAGCCAUUCGAGAGUUAUUAGAACUUAGAUCCUUCAAGAUUGCCAAAAUAAUUGAUUUUGUGAAAGUGCGACAAUGGGGAGAAUGGAGCUUGGGAAGCCAAAACAGAAGUUGCGUAUUCUUAAAAAUGUAUCAGCUUUGUUAUCUGUGGUAUGAAAACACUGAUGGCAAAGAUGCAUCUAAAACUUGGUGGUGCAACCACUGAACUGAACUAUUGUGAAAGUAAAUAGGAAGGAAGGCUUUUGUACGCUGAUUGUGAAUAAGAAAAGUGAAUGGGCUGCAGAAACUGGCUUGCCAAAUAUUAGUUGUGCCGAUAAACCUGUGUUUAUUAGCUCUGUGAUUAUACAUUGACCACAUUUAAGUAAAAAGAAUUCUGGCUUAUGUUCAUUAAGUAACUCAAUAUGUUUAAUGUUAUGUGCCAUAGUCUUUAAUAUUUUAGCCAUUAUUUAAAAUUUACACCGUGUGUGAAAUAUGUGCAAUAAUUAAUAAAGAAAUUGAAAUUGUUAUGGAGCAUUCGUACGUGGUAGAAGGAGAAUGGAUUUUGAUUAGGGCUGAUGCAAAGGGACUAUUCAUUUUGGUUUCAGGAGCCACUUUGUAAAGACAAAAUAUCCCUUUAUCCAGCAAUAUUUCAUCAUUCCUUAACAGUGUUAUUAAACUAGUGGUCUCAGGUGUUCACUUUGACAUGACAAAGUGGGAUCAUCAAAUAAUAUUCAGAUUUCCAAAUUCCAGUCAAAUCCCCAGCUUUGUGCUUUGGCUUUUGAAAAGUGAUUGCUGGAUUGAGCAGAGCUGCCAAAAAAACGGUUGCUGCUGAGUAAAGGGAGGCAGAUAUAACCCUUACUUGUUAUCCCUUGCCAACCUAGGUGCAGAUGCUGGACCUAUCUUUGGAGAAAGCAAAGGUGGUGUGAGUCAUAGAAUAAUACAGCAUGGAAACAGGCCCUUCAGCCCAACUCAUCCAUGCUGACCAAGGUGACAUCCUGAGGUGGUCCCAUUUGACUGCAUUUGGCCUAUAUUGCUCAAAACCUGAGCCUAUCUUUGAACCUUUCCAAAGGUCUUUUAAACAUUGUAAUUGUACCUGCCUCUACCACUUCCUCUGGCAGCUUGUUCCAUAUACCCACCACCCUGGGGUGGGGUGCUUCUACUAUGGUGUAGUGUAGAAUUUGUAGGAACCGAUGAGGAGCAAAUUUGGUAAUGCUUUAGGAACCUUUUGGGUGCUGGUGCCUUUUUCUUUUACUGCCAUUGUGCCCUUUGACAAGUCUGUGGUUUUCAUCAUUUUCUAUGUAGUUUUAUUGUACCAAAUUCAAUAUGUACAUAAAGAAUGAUUGAUAAAAGGAUGUAACAUUCAACCGCUAAUCAUGAACAAUCAAUAUUGUUUUUAAAUGACAUUUCUGCUAUAUUAACCUCAUACACUAUUCAGGUUCUGCGUUGUUAGAUGCUGAGGUACGAAUUGGGAAAUCGGUGUAAUAAAUUUUAAUAAACAAUGGUUUUAUUCAGCCCUCUUUCAAAGUUACUUUGCACGCUAUUUACACUGUAAUGAUCAGGUUCUGCCGUCAUGAUGAAAUACUGUGAUAGUUGAUUGUUAAAUGGUCAGCUGGAUAUACUAUAUAAUUAGGGCUCAAUUACCACUGUUUCUUUCUAUCCUUCAACAGAGUUUUCUGCCUGUUGAUGAGAUUUACUAAACACAAACUCCAAAGUAAAAAUUAAUCACAGCUCUCCAAUACAAAUAUUUUAGUAACAUUAAAAUUGAUUGUGACACCAGUAACCACUACUACUAUACUGCUAAGGUGUUUGUAACUAUAAACAAAGUGGUAAUCUCAAACCUGGUUUAGUGAUUGAGCCAAGUAACCCAGAAACUGUCCAAGCUGGCCAUUUACUAUAUUGCUUACAUAAUGAGAAAAUUCAGCUGUGCUGUAUGUAUUUCUUUUUAUGUUUCCAAAAUGCUGAAAUUUGAAUGCAAAUUUGGAUUAUUAAA